GGUACUUCUUUUCCGUUUACGAACUAAUUGAAAUAAAUGUAUAGAAACAAGAACCAGUCAGUUUUAGUUUGAUAACCGGAAGUCACACAAAUGGGACGGGGAAUGUAUGCAUUGCCGAGUAGACCCAACAAAAUUGUUGCAAAUGCGCGCAUUGUAGGUCCUUCAAAGACAUUGAACAACCUUGAAAUUUCGAGAGAUACAGAGAAACAACAGCUGUCACAUGAUACAGUGGGGAUGAGCUCCCCAAAGCCAGUGUUUAAUGGAAACAGGAAUAGAUCAUAUCCUAAUCCUAUGAGACAGAAUAGCAACCCACAGCAGCCACAAUAUACUGCACAACAUGAGGAAUUUGUUAGAAUAUUAUCUGAUUCAUGGAACCGAGUAAAUCAUGAACUUGAACGGAACCAAAGAGAAGGUGGACCAAUUGUAUACAGGGAAAAGAAUCCAAAUCCAAUGCUAAAUGGGUUCAAACCAUUUGAUCUAGAGCAGUUCUGGGGGGACCGGUACAUGCAGCAAGUGACUGGCUCAACAAGUUGACACUGUUGCCUUGGAAACAAUAUAAACUCUGUGAUUACAGUAUUCACAUUCAUAUUGAAUCGUCCUCAUUACACAGUCAUUAUGUUAUUGUAAAUAAAGUGCAGUCUGCUAUUUGAAGUGUAAAUAAAAUGUACAAAGUCUUA